AUGGGCACAUCCGCAUCCGUCCUCGAACAAUCAUCAGUUCAUGAUUUCACAGUCAAGGAUAGCACGGGAAAGGAUGUCAAUCUUAGCAUCUACAAAGGGAAAGUCCUUCUCAUUGUCAAUGUUGCUUCCAAAUGUGGAUUAACGAAUUCGAAUUACACGCAACUUACUGAGAUUUAUAGGAAAUACAAGGAUAGAGGUUUCGAGAUACUAGCAUUCCCGUGCAAUCAAUUCUUGCAACAAGAACCAGGGACGAUAGAAGAGACUGUCCAGUUUGUCUGUGAGAGGUUCAAGGCCGAAUACCCGAUCUUUGCAAAAGUGAAAGUCAACGGGAGUAACACUGAACCAUUAUACAAGUACUUGAAAGCGAAUGGAGGUGGACUUAUGGGUACUACAAUCAAAUGGAACUUCACAAAGUUUCUUAUUAACAAGAAAGGAGAAGUGAUACGUCGAUAUGGAGCUAGGAUUGAACCAUCGUCAAUUGAGGUUGACAUUGAGAAGGCCUUAGAAGAGCCUGAAGAAAACCAAGGGAAAUAAUAGGAUACAAUAUAUAUUAUAUUCUAUAAUCUAUUUAUACACCAAAAAUUGGAGUCCCUAAACUUGUUUAAAGUAUAUCAAAUAGAUCAUAAUUUGAUGAGAUGA